GCUAAAUGUAGAUAGUUUUUUUAUUUUUCGGCCAUAUUUUUUUUUCUUGUUUAUGCUUGAUUUGUUGUUGAAAUCGCUGCCUUUUUUCAAGUUUUAAGUAAGUGAUUUUCUGCUAACUUUGUGUCUGCUUACCUAUUUGACUACUGCAUUUAGUUAGGAACUUAGAAAUUGGCUUGGCUGGAAAUCUGAAAUUUGUUAUUGGAAGCCUAAAAUUUGUUAUUGUGAAUCUGUUAUUGAAUAUUUGAAUCGAUCAUACUUUUGCCUUCUCUUGUUUAAACUCUAGAAAUAGAGUUGUUGUAUUAGACUUUCAUUUGCCUCAAAUUUUGAAUUAAAUAUUUUAAUUGUUGGAUUAUUAAAUUAUGUUAUUUUUUGUUUGUGUAUCCUUAGAAUUUAGAAUGAAACAAUAAGAAAGGAAAAUUAUUAUUAUCUUUUUUCAGAAAGAGAGAUGAUCACACUAGUAAAAAUAUUUCAAUUCAUAGUGAGCAAAAUCAAUUUAACAUAAGUUUAAUGAAUUUUUUGUUUUAAAACCUCGUCGAGCACAAGUUUAAUGUUGUACUGACUUUUUGAUUACAUAAAAAUUUUAUUACAUUAAUUUUUAAAUUUCAGCCCCCCUAACCUAAAUUCCUGGAUCCGCCCCUGUUUCCAUCCAUGUGGCAGGUUAUGGUAAUAAGUUGGAUAGAGGUUUUCUGGUGUCUACCUGGUCGAUGCAAACUUUGUAUAACUUUAUGUUGCACUUGAAUACGUUCAUUUGACCAUGUCAUUUGAAUUUUGGAAUUCUAAAUUCAUUGUUUGGAUACAAUUUUGUUCAAAGCAUUUUGAUCCCCAAAAAAGGAAAAUGUGUCAUUUCAAAUGAGAGAUUUUGCGAUGCAAAUAUUUUAAAUUACAAACUCAAAUGACAUCAUUUGAAUUUCGUUUAUCCAAAAGCAACCAUGGUGAUAUGGUUUGCGUUACUUUUGUUGUCAUUGAUAUUUUUUGUAUAGGUGACUAGGCUAUCAUCUAUGGUAUCUAGGCUAUUUUUUUCGCUUAAAAUGGGUAUCUCUUACCACUAUUUCAGGAGUUUUUACAUGUGAAAUUAGGCCCCAGUGGAAAGGAAAAUGAAAUAGAAGGAUUAAAGGGAAUGCCUUAGUGAGAGAGGACUUAGAAAGCAAAGUAUAUUUAAGAACAAUGCUGUCACAGCGGAUGAAGAAGACCAUUGCUGAGAACCCAAAGAAACUCGCCAAUUUGAUUGACCUUGUAAAUCUUCCCUCAACACUUAAAGAAUUUUUGGGCCAAUCUCAGGCUUCUCGUCUAGGCUGUUUUAUUCACGUCUGGACGUAUAUCAAGGCCAACAAUCUCCAGGACCCGAAUAACAAGAAUGUGGUGAACUGCGAUGAAAAGUUGAGGAGUAUUCUAUUGGGUAAGCCUCAAGUUGAGCUCGUUGAACUUCCAACCUUGAUCAAGCUGCAUUUCCCGAAAGAGCCCAAAUGAUUUGGCCGUUUGAGUUAAGGCACAAAUCAUUUUUUCCAAGGAGGAAGGAGCUGUCAGCUGUGGCAAAAAGAAUUUACUAUAACAAGUUGGCAUGAGUUGACACAGUUGAUUGCUUUCUUUGGGGUAUAUGAUUUCCUAUUCCUGAUCAGCUGGAAAUUGGAAUGGAAUGGAAUAGCAGGACUACUCUUGAUGGUUUCCUAUACUUCUACUAUUGUCACAAAUCCCCCUAAACUAUUUACUUUCUGUCAUUUAACUCACUCCAUCUAUGAAAUGAAAUGUUGCAGCUAUGUCAUUUAACUCACUUGAGUCUCAUUAUGAGUUGAGACUCAUAAUAACAUUCAUUUUGUCUUUUUGUUA